GCCAUUCCGUGAUGUUCCUCCCCUGAUCCCCCACCAGAGUCAGACGGCGGCGACGGGCAGGCGCGCGGCGGCGCGGUUCCGGCGCUCCGGGCAUUCUGCGGCGACCCCCGCAAUCUCCGUCGAGCACGGAAGAGCGACGCGCCCGCUGCGAGGUCCGGGCUCGCGGCUGCUCUGACGGUCUCAGCAUCCGCUCUCUCCCCUGACUCCGGCUAGGGCUCUAGAAUUUUCCUGGCCCCGCCUGGUGUAGAAUGGCGGCGGCGACGCUGCGUUGGGUGAUCCAGAUGCACCGCGACGUGCCACGGGCGGCACGAUUCUACGCAGAGGGGCUCGACUUCAGUGUCAACGUCUGCACACUCCGUUUUGCAGAGCUCCAGUCAGGGCCGCUCAAGCUAGCGCUCAUGCACACUAAUGACAGUACCCUUGCAACACAGAGAGCCUAUUCUUCGAUGCUGUCCUUCACCGUACCGGACAUAACCAGCACAGUAACAAAGCUAAUGUCUCUGGGAGCCGAGUUGGACGGGCCGAUCAAAUACGAGAUCCAUGGGAAAGUUGCAGCCUUACGAUGCAUCGACGGGCAUGUGCUGGGUCUGUACGAGCCAGCCUGAAGAACCUGUUGUUCAAACGCACUGGAUGAGAAGCCAUUUUCAUCGCUCGAAGAUUAGGGAUACGUGUGAUUGUUUCUUGUGGCAACGUAGAUAGAUGUUUUGCCAGCGCAAAUGGCUCGGUGUGCAACUUUCUGGGAGGUUAGGGGUGUUGAGGAACUAGGGUGACUGUGAUGGUGCUCACUGCUUGCCUCAUGCUGCCACUGGUGUUGCACAUUCUGUCGCGAGUGAGUGCGUAAAAGCAGCAGCUCGAUCGGGAUACUGGCCAAAGCCAACAAGUUCAUUCGUAGCGGUUAGCGGUAUUUUCACCUAUUCUGCUUGAUCAUGGCCUGGGCUAUUACAAGCGUCUCAGUUUCUCUAUUUAAACUUAUUCGGUUUUCAGGCCGUGAUGGUUCCAAGAAAAUAAAUUAAGAGGGUAAACAUGUGUUGAGAAA